AUGCCACCUCCCGAACAAUCUCUUUCUCUUCCCCGAUACUUGCAAGAAAAUGAAAUCUCCGAAGAAUUUAGAGACUUGAUAGUCUCAAUUCCCACUGAAAAAGGCUGGGUUGCAAAUCAUUUCCAUCAAUACCAGGGUUUUUGGCACACAACUAGGCAACUUCAAGGGCUUCUAGCUUGCCAAAAACACUUUCAAGCCGAAGAUGGUGAUAUCUAUCUAGUCACCACUCCUAAAUCAGGCUCUACUUGGUUAAAGGCAAUGAUGUUUGCCUUGGUACACCGGGUUUCCUUUCCUGACCCUAAACAACAUCCUCUGCUCACUAACAACCCUCAUGCUCUUGUGCCUUUCUUGGAACAUGAAUACAUUGGUAAAGAGUUUCUUGACUUCACAAACUUCACCUUUCCUAGGCUGUUUUCAACUCAUUUGCCACUCGUGUCCCUUCCCAAAUCUGUGAACUCCUCAAAUUGCAAGCUUGUUUACUUGUGUAGGAAUCCUAAGGACACUUUUGUGUCCUUGUGGCACUUCACUAACAAGUUGAGACCCGAAAAUUGGGGUGCUAAUUCACUUGAAGAGACUUUCGAUAAAUUUUGUCGGGGAGUGAGUUUGUACGGGCCAUUUUGGGAUCAUGUUUUGGGCUACUGGAAGGAGAGCUUGGAAAGGUCUCAAAGGGUAUUUUUCUUGAGGUAUGAGGAAAUGAAAAAUGAGCCCAAAAUUCACUUGAGGAGACUAUCUGAAUUCUUGGGGUGUCCAUUUUCCCUUGAAGAAGAGAACAAUGGUGUCUUGGACGAAAUUUUGGAGUUGUGUAGUUUUGAAAACUUGAGCAAUUUAGAAGUGAACAAGAUCGGAAUGUUGCCUUCAGGAGAGAAGCAUGAAGCCUUUUUUCGGCGAGGCGAAGUCGGUGACUCCAUGAAUUUUCUCACGGCUGAGAUGUUAGAAAAGAUGGACAUGAUCACUGAACAGAAGUUUCAUGGUUCUGGUUUAAAGUUGUAG